GUUCUCCUUCUCCCCAUCCCCAAACAAACAUGCUUCUCUCACCCUUCUUCACCCUCACUUUCCUUCUUUUCUUCUCUUCUUCUCUCCCUGCGAUCUUUUCAACGCCGACAUGUUCCAACCUAGUGCCGUUAAGAAAUCGCACCGACAGAAUCUCCAUAACCGACUUCGGAGGCGUUGGCGACGGCCGCACUCUGAACACGAAAGCCUUCCGAGCGGCUGUGUACCGCAUUGAGCACCUGAGAAGGCCCGGCGGCACGGUGCUGUACGUGCCUCGAGGUGUGUACUUGACGGAGAGCUUCAACCUCACUAGCCACAUGACGCUUUUUCUCGCUGCUGGUGCCGUUAUCAAAGCGACGCAGGGAACGGGGCAUUGGCCUUUAAUUGCACCCUUACCAUCUUAUGGAAGAGGGAGGGAGCUCCCUGGAGCAAGGUAUAUCAGUUUUCUCCAUGGAGAUGGACUUACUGAUGUGGUGAUCACAGGUGAGAAUGGGACAAUUGAUGGGCAAGGAGAUGAGUGGUGGAACAUGUGGAGGAAGAAAACACUUAAAUAUACAAGACCACACCUUGUUGAAUUUAUAAAUUCUCAAGAUAUUCUUAUCUCAGAUGUGAUUUUCAAGAAUUCUCCCUUCUGGAAUAUACAUCCAGUUUAUUGCAACAAUGUUGUGGUUCGAUAUGUCACAAUCUUGGCUCCUCCUGACUCUCCUAACACUGAUGGAAUUGAUCCAGAUUCAAGUUCAAAUGUCUGCAUAGAGGACUCGUACAUAUCCACAGGAGAUGAUCUUGUGGCAGUGAAGAGUGGAUGGGAUGAGUAUGGCAUUGCCUACGGUCGCCCUAGCUCCGGCAUCACCAUCCGGCGGCUGACUGGAUCGUCGCCAUUCGCCGGCAUUGCAGUUGGCAGUGAAACUUCUGGUGGGGUGGAGAAUGUGCUAGCUGAACACAUCAACCUCUUCAACAUGGGAGUAGGUAUCCACAUCAAGACCACCAAAGGCAGGGGUGGGUUUAUCAAGAACAUCACAGUGGCUCAUGUGUAUGUGGAGAAUGCAAGGCAAGGAAUUAAGAUUUCAGGUGGGGUAGGAGGGCAUCCAGAUGACAAGUAUAAUCCUAAUGCUCUCCCAGUUGUGAAGGGCAUCACAAUAAGGAAUGUUUGGGGAGUGAAAGUUAAGCAAGCAGGUCUGAUAAAUGGACUCAAAAGUUCCCCUUUCACUGAUGUUUGUUUGUCUGUUAUCAACUUCCAUGGUAUGAAAGGACCAAGAGCUCCUCCCAAUUGGCAGUGUUCUGAUGUGUAUGGAUUUGCUUAUCAGGUUAACCCUUGGCCAUGUUCUCAACUGAGCAACCAAGAACAUGGAUCAUGUGCCAUUUAGAGAUUUUCAAUCUCUUAUACUUUUGUAAUAAUUGACUGUUUCUUUCAUUGAAUUCUUAUACCUAUAAUCCUAUUGAAUCACCAUGUUUCCAACUAA